AUGGAUUGGGGAAGAUAUGUGAAUGGACAUGCCAAGAAACACUAUGAAGAUGCCCAGAUUAAUUCAAACAACAUUAAAAAGUCAGAGAAGCAUGAAAAAGAGAAAUUGCAGCAUGCAGUGUGUAUGGAUUGCAGCAGUUACAGCACCUUCUGUUACAGAUGUGAUGAUUUUGUGGUGAAUGAUACCAAGAUGGGCCUGGUUCAGAGGGUCAGAGAGCAUCUACAGAACUUGGAGAAUUCAGCAAUUUCAGUAGACAGACACCGCAAAAGAAAGUUGAUGGAAAGUUCAUCUGUGAGCAAGUAUUUGAAGAUAAAUAAACUCAAUCCAGCUUCACAAUUCCUUUCCCUCCCUCCCACCCUGUGCAGCCCAGGCCUACACGGCAGCCUGUUGUGGGCUGGUGUUUCUGGUGGUUUGAAAACCGGGCGACGAGCACAGGGGUGGGGUAAAAGCCAGCUGCUCUUUCACACACAGACACACAGAACAGGGAGAGCUAUUGAUAAAGUGCGGUCAAGUUGUGCAGAGAGCGGAACCGUGCGGCACUCACCGGCACAACACCAGGAGGACGGCGAGCCGCUCGGGAACCUGGUGGAGUCGGGCACGAUACAGACGCUGCUCGCCAAGUGGGGGCACUCCAUGUCGGCGGGGCCUGAGGCCGAGGCGAGGCCCAGGCCAGGAGAGAGAGGGGGGGAGGGGAAAGCGGUGCUGCUGCUCUCUCUGUCUGUCGGGAGUCACUGCCGGGGGAGGGUGGGCCGGCUGGAGGAAGGGGCGGAGGCCGAUGCGGAACUGUCUGCCAGCGAGGCCGCUUUCUUCCCUCUCAAGCCGCCAUCUUCCGGGCCGAGUCGCAGUGCGCACCUCCAGCCGCCGCCGCUGGGCCUCGGGUACUCAGGAGGGGAACGGCAGUGUGAAAAGGAGCUAGGGAUGGAUCGUGAGGAGGAGGAGGAGGGCAACAUCCAGCAGUUCUGCUGUUAUUUCAAGGAGCUUCCAGCAGUGGAGUUGCGCAGUGGUAAAACUGCAGGGAGAAGGACCUAUCACACUCGGAGCCAAGGAGAUAACAGUGUCUCCCUGGUAGAAGAGUUCCGGAAAACUCUUUGUGCCUUAUGGCAAGGAAGCCAAACUGCAUUCUGUCCUGAAUCUCUCUUCUAUGUAAUUUGGAAAAUUAUGCCAAAUUUCAGAGGAUAUCAGCAACAAGAUGCUCAUGAAUUUAUGCGAUACUUGUUAGACCAUCUCCACUUGGAACUUCAGCGAAGCUACAAUGGUAUGACGACUUCAUUUAUCACACCAGACAGCUCAAGCAUCUCCUCAUCCAGUAAAUGCUGCGUAAAUGGUGUUUCAACAAUUGUCACAAACAUAUUUGGAGGAAUACUUCAGAAUGAAGUAAACUGUUUAAUUUGUGGUACUGAAUCCAGAAAGUUUGAUCCAUUCCUUGAUCUUUCAUUAGAUAUCCCAAGUCAGUUCAGAAACAAGCGAUCCAAGAACCAGGACAAUGGACCAGUAUGUACUUUACGUGAUUGCCUACGGAGUUUCACAGAUUUGGAGGAGCUAGAUGAAACCGAGCUGUACAUGUGCCAUAAAUGUAAAAAGCGACAGAAAUCCACCAAAAAGUUUUGGAUUCAGAAGUUGCCAAAGGUGUUAUGCUUGCAUCUGAAAAGGUUUCAUUGGACAGCUUAUCUGCGAAAUAAGAUAGAUACAUAUGUAGAGUUCCCUCUACGAGGUCUAGACAUGAAGUGCUUCUUAUUGGAGCCCGAGAACAGUGGUCCAGAAAGUUGCCUCUAUGACCUUGCAGCUGUGGUGGUGCAUCAUGGUUCGGGAGUUGGCUCGGGUCAUUACACUGCAUAUGCAACUCAUGAAGGGCGUUGGUUCCACUUCAAUGACAGUACUGUUACUUUGACUGAGGAAGAAACUGUAAUGAAAGCCAAGGCCUAUAUCUUAUUCUAUGUGGAACGCCAGACCAAAUCGGGAUCGGGCACCAAACUUUAAUGCAUCCCAUCUUUUUAUAUAUAUUUGCAACAUAUAUACUGAUUUGGAGCGCACACAAACAGUUCCACAUUUCCAUAAGUACUUGAUAGCUCAAGACUAUUUUCAUCUUGCACUUUUAAAUCGCUGAUGAGAAUUUUGUUUAUUGCACCAUUGCUAGUGUCAAUACAGUAAUCGAGGACACCUGAUCUAAUUUUAGCCUAUCACAAAACCUCAACAGAAUAUUUUUGAACCUGUAAUGGCUGCUGUUGAUCAAGAAUUUAGUGGCUCGGUUGACAUUGAAAUUGAAUAUUUUGAAAUGAUCUCUGUACUAUACAUUAUGGGAUAGCAUUGAUUGGCUUCAAGGUGCACUUACAUUAGUGUUUCUUCAACUGUUCACACUACAUCUUAGUCUGUGAUUUCUAAUUUGACACAAGGUUCAGAAGUCCUCAUUGUUUCAGCAGUCUUUCUGCCUGAAGUGUACCAACUGAUAAAACACUUCAGUUUAGAGUAAGUGCACAAGAUCAAUAAAGUGCUGAUGUAAGUGUUUGAAAUGAUUGUCUGCACAAGAAACUAAUUGAGUAUCCCUGAACACUGUUGCCCUUCUCUCUGAUAAACAGCAUAUUACUGUCUAUAUUCAGAACUUGAUGCCGAGAUGAAGUUCAGUAUUAUGAGAUACAUGGAGUGUAACUACACCUUGACUCUGCAUUGCUAUACCUUCCUGUAACUGCCCAUUUAAAAUGGAAAUAGACCUGUCUGUAAUUGUUAGGGUUUUUUUCUGUUGUCAUUUUUCUUGUGACCACUUGUAAACACUGGUAACUCAGAACAAAAAUAUUCGUCCCACAUUCACCCAUACUACAGAGGUACAUUUAUGAUUUACAUUUUAAUUUAGGUUUUCAACUCUAUUGUUUCUAAAAAAAAAUUCUCAUUUUCUUGAGAUGUCACCAGGCACUUGCAUCUUUCAGAAAGCAUGAACAGUUAAAAACAAAUUAUGGUAUGAAAAAUAAAAUGAACUGCUGUGUAAAAAUGGCCUUCUCAUCUAUCCCAAUACUUUGCUGGGCAGAGUAGGGUUUGUGCAUAGCUAUCUGCAUCACGUGUUGCCAGUGAGUGACUAUGAUUGGAUGUAGGAUGGUAAGUAUGGCUUAUGAUUUGCAACAUCACCUGAUUAAGAAAGACAAAUUAAACAUGCUGAGUUACGUUUGGGGAACCAGAGUCUGGGUGCAUCUUGGACAAAAUCUUUUCUAACCAUUACAGUAUACAACAUGAAAUAGUAGAUUACAGCUAUUGGAAGAGUCUUUUACUUGUAUAAAAUGGUAUGAUGUUAUUUUCGUACCAGGAUAUAGUCCUUUUUACUUAUCAAAGACACUUCUCUCAUAAAUUCCAUUUAUAGUGGCCUGAGUGGUGUUUUAAUUACACAAUGAGAUGAAUGAUGUAUUUGCAUGUAGAUAUACUAUAUGAGGCAGCAGCAGCAGAAAAGGCAGUUUGAGGUUUCAGGCACGAGACUCAUGUCUCUUAAAUGUGAAAACGUACACAUCCUAAACUUGAAUCUGCAUAUUGAAACUGUACAAACUUAUUUAAAAUAUUACAUUGUUUUGGUUGCAAAGUUAUGAACUGACACAGUAACAUCAAUCACCAUGGCAUUUAUUCAGUUUAAUCCCCACAAACAAAUCUUGAUUGUAAAUGUACUACUAUGGCUGCUUAUAAUGAUGGUAUGUAUAUUAGUAAAUGUUCAUGUACUGUUUCAUUGAUAGUAAAGUGCAAUGUUAAUGAUGCAAAA